CCACAAAUUGUUAUUCAAAAGGUAAACUAAUACUCAUUACAUUCCCUCUUUUUAUAUCAACUAUUUAGUAUUAAUUCACCCGCAGUCAAUUUUACAUUAUGAUCAAUUUGGACAAUAAAGUUGCUUUAGUCACUGGUUCAAGUGAUGGCAUUGGAGCUGCAGCCACUUCACUCUUCUCAUCUUUGGGUGCUAAAGUGACCAAAGUUAGACGUAAUCAAAGUAAACUGGAUAAAGUUGCUGCUGAGUGUCAAUCCAAGUCACCUCAUCACUACAAGCCUCUUGUAAUAAAAGCUGACUUCACAAGAGAUGAAGAUGUUGUUCGAGCUUUUAAUGAGACGAUUUCUGCCUACAAUCGAUUAGAUAUUCUGGUGAACAAUGCUGGUAUUGCUGCUAAUAAAGAGUUUGGUGAUCCUGGUUACCUUGAAGAUUAUGAUCAAAUAAUGCAUGUGAAUGUUCGAGCUGUUGUGCGACUAACUGAAUUAGCUACAUCUAGUUUAGCUGAGUCUAAAGGGGCUAUUAUCAACGUUUCCAGUGCUGGUAGUUUGAUUGCGAAUCCCAACGCUUUUUGGGCUUAUGGUAUGUCCAAAGCUGCACUCGAUAUGUUCACCAAGUCAAUGGCUGGUAAAUUGGCACCUAAUAUCAGAGUAAAUUCAGUCAAUCCUGGAAUAGUAAGGACCAGUUUCCUUCGUGCAACACCCGACCCAACAGCUAUUCAGGAUUACCUAGCAAAAAUGCAGCCAUUAAAACGAGUCGCUGAUCCAGAAGAUAUCGCCCAACUCAUUUCUUUCCUCGCAUCUGAUGCUUCACGAAACAUGACUGGUUCAAUUGUCGUUUCCGACUCUGGAUAUCUCGUUGUUGAUCCUUACAAUAUAAAAACAGAGUAAAUCAAAUGUAAUAAUACUUUUGUAUCUUCUCAGUUAAAAAUUACCAGAAAUGUCAACAAUUAUCUGCUUAAAUAUUAAAUAAAAUACAUUAUUGAUCGUUUAAA